UUAUAGUCUUUGGGGUGAGCAAUAAGUAUGACAGAUAAAUCUGAUGUUGAUUUGCUGUCUGGGAUCACUGAGAAACCUCCAGAUAACUUCCUGGAUUCUGAGGAAAACAAUGGGAAGAAUGAAGAUGAAGGAGCAGUGGUGCUGGAAGAGCAACUUGGAGAUGAGGAUCAAAAAGAGGAACUUCCCGAAACUCCUCAGGAGCUAGAGAAGCAGGAAGACAUGGAAGGGUGUGAAAAUGAUGUUGGUAAAGAGAUGCCUGAAGAAGAGGAAACAAGUCAACUGAUGGAAGAAGAUGAUGUGAAGGGGGAGAUUGGCACAAACCCUGAUAAUAAUGAACAAGCUGAAAUAGUAACUGAAGAAACACCUACCACAAAGGAAGAUUCGGAGCCAAUUGAAAUGGAGGAACCUGUGGAACAAUCUACAGAUCUUCCCAUGGAACAAUCUGUAGAACCGUCAACAGCGCCAACUACAGACCUUGGUACGGAGCCAUGCAUGGAACAUUCUCAAGUCUAUGCAAGCAGUGGCGUGGACGGGGAUUUAGACACAGAUGCUGAAGAAACACAACCAAAAAAAACGCAUAAAGUUAAAGAAGUCAAACAAAAAUCUCCAUCACCAGCUAAACAGACUCCUCCCCCCACAAGCAUCCGACGAAGUGCGAGAUCAAACAAAGGCAUCGGGAAGGAGAUAUUCGAUCCUUCUCACAUCCCUAAAUCUUCUUCUUACAAACGAUCUUCCGCAGGUCGAUCUGAGCGCUCUCCGAGCAGUGAGCGAUCAUGUUCUCCAGUUUCCUCCACUAGUUCUGUGCAAAGUAGGAAGAAGAUUGUACAUGGGGAAUCACCUAGGAGAAACUCCCCACGAACCAGAGAUAUAAAAUCAAAAGUUGGUUUGGAGCUUGAACCACCAGCUAUCAAAUCUCCUCAAAAAGAGAAAGAGAAAAAAUCGAUUUCACCUCAAAUAAUAAAAAAACCAGUGAAGAAAGAGCCAGAGUUUGAGGAAGAGGAUGAUCUUCCUCUAAACACAUUGAAGGAAGAUGCAGAUGAUUCAGAUGAAGUAGAAAUAUCAGAUGAUGAUAGCGAUAGUGAUGAUAGUUACAAUAAUCCUGAUAGACUAUGGUGUAUAUGUAGAAAGCCACACAACAACAGGUUCAUGAUAUCGUGUGAUGUUUGUGAGGAUUGGUUUCAUGGUGAUUGUGUUGGGAUCACCUUACAAAGAGGAAAGAAGAUGGAAGAAAAACAAGAGGAAUAUAUUUGUCCCAACUGUAUUAAGAAAUCAAAAAAGGGAGCAAAAGAUAGAAGAAAGUCAAAAGAAGAAGUUAAGCCUGAGGUGGUUUCAACGAAGAAGCGUUCUGCCUCUUUGGAUGAAAAAUUAAGUUUAAAGAACUUUGCCUUGAAAGGACAAAUUCAGAGCAGUUCAAACAAAAAUCCAGACGGAGCCCCAGUGAAGAAAAAACUCAAAAUAUUUGAUGAAAGUCAAAUUAAAAAGAGUAAUGCAGCAUCAAAGAAACACAGUAGUAGCAACCCAGCAAUGACUGCAACCACUACAAAUAAAUCGGACAAAGGUGGAAGGAAAUGUAUUGUCAGUUCGUGUGGUAACGAUGCACUGAAAGGUUCAGUAUACUGUAGCAACCAAUGCAUUUUACGCCAUGCGAAAGAAUCACUUAAGUCAAUGGCAAAGGAAAAGGAACUGGCAUUGCAGAAAUCGAAAUCCAUAAGGGUUUUGAGCAAGGAGGGAACAAAUAUAACAUCAAAGGAACAUAAAGAUCGCGUGACAGUGAUCUGCAGGAAAACUAUGAAAGUACUUCGUGGACCCCACGCACCACUACGCAGAGAUCUUGCCAAGUUUUUAAAAGCUCACCCUUCUUAUGAGAUCCACCACAAAACUCACCACACACAGCCGGCACCGACCGAAAAACACCUUAAGCCUGCCAAUCAUGAACCAACAAACAAGACGAUUGCUUCAACCGACUUUUACCGCCAUGUCGAGCAGAAUAGGAAGAGAAACAGAUACGGAAUGGAUCCAGACUACGCACCAGACCCCAAGAAGCUUCAAGAAUCUAGUGUGGAUUUCUUUGAAAAGAAAUCAAAGCCAGUCAUCACACCAGGUGCUUCCACCAGUAAAGUGCACAACUCAUUAAAUAAAAUGAAAGAGAGGAAGACCAGCACAGAUGGAAUGAGAAAAUCAAUCGAUGAGAAAGAGAGAAAAAAAUCCCUGGACGGUUUAUCAAAAAAAAUCCAUGACCGACCAAACCCUAAGUUGGAGAGGACAAACAGCAGGGGAGAAAAACCCACUGUUAGGGUUGAGCGAUCUUCCAGCAAAGAAUCAAAAUCAUCUAACUCGGAUAUUAGGCAUAAUGUCAAGAAAUCAAUUCUGGGUAUCCUGAGCAAGCGCUCGGAGGAGUCCGAGGACCUCCGGAUGCAUCCAUCCUCCAUCACAAGACUCGUGGAUAAAAUUGAAGACUCCUUGCACAAGUUAUUUGGCGAAACGAACGUCAAAUAUAAAAACCGAUAUCGGAGCAUUAUGUUUAACUUGAAAGAUGAACGUAACCACGGAUUAUGGAGAAAGGUUAUAAUUGGUGACGUCACCACUUCCGAACUCGUACAGAUGACAGCCGAGCAGAUGGCAUCUAAGAAACUUGCCGAGUGGAGACAAAAUGAACUCACCCAAGAACUUGACAUUAUAGAGAAACAAGAAAAAGAAUUGCAGAAUUUUCGGCCGGUUUCAAAAAUUACUCACAAAGGUGAGAUUGAGAUUCAGGAAGAUCUUUCUGAUCUCACAGAGACAAUACAUCCCGGGAAGAACGGAUCAACCGCUCCCACUGUUGCUCCUGUGAGGAAGAAGAGGAUCUCACUCUCGGAGGAUGAGAAUACUGACUCCUCCACCUCCCAAUCUGUGGACACAACAUCUCAGCAUAAUGAUCAUCUGUUUGAUCUCAACUGUAAAAUAUGCACUGGCAAACUAAAAGAAGAAAGCCUUGGAUUAUCAGAGCAGCAUCAAGUGAAGACAAAAGUCCGGCAUUCAACAUCCAUCAUUCUUAGUUCGGAGGCGCAAAAAGUGACGCCUUCCUCCAAAGAGCCGACCACACCAACCUCACAUCUUUUUACUCCUGAUAAAGUGAAAGAGAAAAGCAAAUCGAAAGUGAAACGAUCAGAUAGUGCAGUAAAGUCUCACGAUUCAACUCUCUCUCCUGCCACCAUCUUAUCCAGCAUCGCAUCGGAGAAAGUGAAGAAGAAACCCAAGCUCCCAUCUCCUCCUCCUCUUUCGGAUGUUGCCAUCCACGUGGAUCAGGAUGCGGAGAAAUCUGCUCCGGAUGCAAAAGGAGCAAAACAAGGGACUGGUGAAGAAAAGCAAUCUUCAGAUGUACAUGUGACCACCAUCACAGCAAUAAGUGAAAACACGAAGGUUUCGGAUCCAAGGAAAUCCAACAAACAGAUAAAAGAAGAAACACCAGCUUCUGUUGGCGUUGUAUGGUCAGGCUACAUCAGUAUGUUGGAACUUUCUACAUUUAAAGCAAAUGUUUACCCGGUUGGGGGUCAAUGUGAUGAACUAGAAAGCCACCUUCCGAUAAGGUUAGUGUUAGGGGGUCGAAUCCACCCUAAGGUAGUUUGGGAAUAUUUGCGUAAAGUACAAACUCUACAAACCAAACAACUUUCAAUUAUUCGCUUCCAUGCGGCAACUGAUGAUGAUCGGAUUGGUUACAUAGCGAUGCUUUCCUACUUUAGCAGCAGGAAAAGAUUUGGAGUGGUGAGUAACCAGGAUAGGAAACUUGUGAAGGAUAUGUAUUUAGUUCCGUUACUUGAAUCGCAACCUAUACCUGAUGAGUUGAAGAAGACGGGUUGCCAACUCAGUUUUCCUCCAAACCGACCUUCCAUGUUGAUAGGAAUCGCUGUCAGACACAUCAACAAACAACCGUAUGUGAUUUUAUUUACAAGUUUUGAGUCAGAACAUGUUGUAACAGCUGCCCAGUUAAAACCCAGUGUCAAAAAUGAAGUUGAGCUAAAGGUGCAAGAAAACAAACCAGUUAUACCCGAACCCAAACAACCUCUCCUCCUCACUGAGGAGGAGCUUGGAUCACAGGAGAAGAAAACAUCCUCCGGAUCGCUGUUUGAGAGAAACAAGUCCCUUGCUCCUUCACUCAAGUUCUUCAUGAGGAAAGCAUCAGAAGAAGAAGAAAGCAUCAAGGAGAAACCUGAAGAUGAAGAACCAUAUUCACCAAGUGCUGCUAUUGCUGCUGAGGAACAAGCUGCAGAUGAUGAAGAUGAAGAUGGAAAUGAAGCGUAUGAUCCAGAGAAGAUGUAUGAAGAGCAAGAGGAAUACGAUCCGGAAACAGCAUUUGCUCCUGUGUCACCUGCUGCGGAGGAUGCUCCUUAUGAUCCUGAGGAAGAUGAAGAAAUCCUCCAGAAGAAAGAAGCCGAGUCAAGGGAGAUGAAUGAACUCGUUGAGAAACAGGCUUUCUUAGAAAGGAUGCAGAAGGAGUUGGAAGAGAAAAAGGCAAAAUUAGCGGAGGUUGAACACUCCCUACAACAAUCAACAGUUUCAGAACCUGAGGCACCUCGUGUGGAUCCACGACUUGCACGUCGCAUGCAACCUCGUGAAGUUACAACUCCGCCACCUGUCACCCAACCAUCCCCGGUAAUCCAACCUCCAGUCAUCCCACCUCAACCUCCUCCAGCUCAACAUUCAUCUCUCCCUGAGAUCUCAACCUCCAAAGAUCCUCUGCAGACGAUCUUAUCGGUGCUCAACAUGGGAGGAGGAGCAUCCUCCCAAUCCUCCAUCCUCUCAAUGCUCACCAAACCAAAAGAAUCCUCCCCUCCUCCUCUUCCCGACUCCACCACAAAGUCCGAUGCAGAGGAGGCAACAGGGAUCAUCUCUGCUUCUCCUGAACCUGCUGCUGCUAAAGAAACUGAGAAGACUGGUCUUGUAUCUUACAACUCAUCUCCUGAAAGCCAACCUGCUGAUACUGAAAUAAUCAAAACUAAAUCUGAUGAACCAAAAAACAAAUCUGAUUCAAAGAACAGCAAGUCACGGGAUGAUGAGAGACGACGUCGUUCGUCAUCUGCUUCAUCUGACGAUUCACGAAACAGAAGAAGAAGCAGUCAUCGUGAUGAUCGGAGACAGAAACGUCAUCGUCGAUCACGGUCACGAUCACCAAACCGUCACUCACGACGUCAUUCACCAUCACGUCAUCAACGACGUCACGGGGAUCACUCACGUUCAUGGAGCCGAGACAGAAGGCGCUGAAACUUUCAAUUGCAGAAAUUAUUGCUUUUACAUCACGUUUUUGAUGGCGUAUACAAAAUUUGUAUUACAAAUCUGGUCAUUUUAUCCGGAUUUCACUGCCCGUUCGUUUGUUUUUAUAUUUUUGUUUUAAGGUUUUUUGUAUUUUACUCAGCCACAACGUUGUGGUCAAAAAUGAAGAAUAUUAACGUGGCUAAGUAUUAGCUCACUUCGUGUCAGCAAAUAACUUGUUAAUCGUGAAAAACUUUAAUAGCCACUGAAAUCUACUUGGCGUAAUAAACCGUUGCCAUCUUU